AAUGUCAAAUCUGGUAACUUACAAAAAACCCUGCGUGAUCGGGUGUUGCGAUUAUUAAUUUCAGGGUUGCUAAAACACAGCUAUACACCUCGAAUUUUGGGUUAAUUUUUCAAAAAACCCUCUCUCGGCAUGAAUGUGGCCCGACGAGUCCUCUCCUCAUUCAAUCAUCCACCCCUCACUAACCUAACCUCAAAAACCUGCAGCCGCACGUACGCUUUCAAAAGCGACCUAAAAAUAAAAUGGGUCCGCCCCGAGAAAAUCCCCUGCUUUAGACCCGAAAAAAGCGGCGAUUUGGAGCCAAUGUCGCAAAUCGACUUGUCGCAGCCCCGGAUGAUGUUCCGGAACUCCAAGGAACUGGAAACCGCCGACGCAACCGUGAAGAAACUCUUCUCUUUAGAGUACGCACCCAGGAAGGAAGUAGCCAGGGUUUAUUUUGAGGAAAUAAAAGACGUGGUGAGGAGGCACCCCAUGGACGCGGGUUCCAUUGAGGUUAAAAUCGCGCGGUGGACCGGCAUCAUUCGGGCCUACCAGGAGCUGAUGGAGCGGUUUCCGCGGGAUAAGCGCAUGAAGGUGAUUUUGAAGGAGUUGAUAGAUAGGCGGAAGAAGCACUUGAAGUAUUUGCGGCGGUGGGAUUAUAAGAAGUUCGAAUGGUUGCUGGAGACUCUAAAUUUGGUUUAUAAGCCGCCGCCAAAUGAGUUUCAUUGGAUUACGCGGAAGGAGUCGUUGCAGAAACUCACUGAUAAGUACUGUGAAGAUCUCAAACAGGAGCGUUUGGACACGUACAGGAAGAUGUUGCAAGCUGAGCAGCCAAUUUUCUUGAAGGAGAAAAUUCGGGCGCUUCAGUUUAUCAGGAGCGAGCAGCAGGAAUGUGGGGUUGAAGUCACGGUGACGGACGAGGAGAUAGAAAAGGUUAAGAAUCAACUGCAGGAGUUAGAGGAGAAGAAACAAAGUGAGAGUGAUGAUUCAUAAUUUGGUUUUUUGGUGAAAGACUGGUUCGUUUUUCGUGUAUAUUUCAAUACAUGUAUCACAUACACAUAACGACGAAAAUGCAACAAUAAAAACCCUAAUCUAGAAGUCACAUACAUCAAGUGAAAAUACAUAAUAAAAAAAUAAAAUGUUUAUUACA